AUGUCUAGGACAUCACCAGAGGAACCCGAAUAUGCCCACUUUGCUAUGCUGUACAUAGAUAGCAACGGGAAUCUUUGCCAAAGAGCUUCCGAUUCCAUUUCAGAGAGCUUGCGUUCCAUCCUCUCUCCUAGCGUUACCGGUAGAUUUCUCCAAGCGGUGGCAAUGUCGAAAGAAACCCACACAACACGGUGCCAAGGUAACUUUCCUCUAGGGAUCUUAGUUCCGUCUAAUAGGCAAAAAUUGAACAACAGCUCUGCCCCAUCGCAGGAGCAGUCCGCGAUUUAUAGCGGAAUGGAGCUGGGUAGUCCACAGAGGACACAGGUUCUGUUUCUAUCUCAACCAGAGCCCCCGUUCCAGCCGGCAAUGUGGCCGUCACGCGAACCUUGGCCUCUACAGGCUGGUUCACAGUCCAAGAAGAAUUUUGGCGGUCGAACCCUUAACUUGGCCUCUCACCAAAGGGUUCUAAUCUCUAUAAAAGACAGAUGUCUUUUGCGUCGCUACUACGAGAAAAUAUUCCAAACACUACAACAAACAAAUUGCCGAAUUAUUGCCAAAGCCUACAUCAAAUUAAUCGAGGUGCGCAAGCAGGUUAACUAUCCAUACAAUGGACGGAAGGUUAUUGAAGGAAGAACCCAACAGCUUGAUCCAGAGGAGACUAAGCCACCGUGGUGGCCGCGAGGAGUGAGCCAUCGGGAGCCGGACCAUCUUCCAAAAAUUGAACGCAUUCGACUUUUGGUACACAUGCUCUGCGACAUGCGUGAAACCCACGGAGUCACAGCGGCGAGAUUGAAACAAUGCGAUCCGUCCAUUCGGCGUCAGAUCCUUCCGGUCGAGCGGUUAGAAACCUUGGAUGAGGCUUAUCGAGUGCGCGAGGAGGAGGAAAGAUUCCUCGAUGGGAUCUCAGGUACAUAUUUGUCCACAUCAUCUUCUACACCCUCCGAGACUCACAUGUAUAAUCUAGAUGGAGAAUACUUGUCUAUAGCUUGCACAAAUCUCCCUCAAAUGGCAGAAGACACACCCAGCGGACAAGGCUCGCCAACCGAACCAGUCUCCUCUCAGAAUAUCGUCGAGACCGAGUGUAGCGAGGGAAUCUCCCACAUCGAUAUAACCCAAGUCACCCCUACGGACUUGCUAAGCGCGCCCGCUUACAAUACUUCGAACCCUUAUAAUCUAGCAAUGCACUUUGACCCAAAGACCCAUUACCAUUCUGCUGGCCUCUGGACAAACAUUCCGACAUCACCGUUGCAACUGAGCGAAAAACAGAAAUGGCUAUAUGCUCCGGCACAUUCGAUUGGCUGGGCGCCGCCCGUCGGCAUGGCGCACUAUCCAUACCCUGGCAUGUCUGACAUUGCACCGACCUCGGAGUUUCACGGUACCCCAAAUUUGCCCCGAGGUGCACGUGUCCGUACCCAUACCUGGACAGAAAAUGAAUUAACAGAGGCAAUGAUGCCGUAUGGUCACCCCUACUAUUUCAAUUACUGA